CAGUCUCCUCGCAGACCCUUAAGCAGCUCCCACCCACCCAGCCCAGCACCUACACUGUCUCUUGGGUGUACAGGAGGGUAGGCACUGGGACACUUUCUGGAAUACUUUCAACUCUUCUUCUCCUCCUUGAACAUUAUUUUCUUCUUCUCUAAUUCCUGAGAAUUCUCCUGAGGCUGCAGGCAUGCCUCUCUCGAUUUCCGCCCACCCUAACAAGAGGAAGAAGGUCAACAAGAUCAUUACUGAUCUGACCAACAUCACCCAGGAUGAUGAAGAGUCGAACCCUGAGGCGUCCGAAUUUGAUCUGGGCACAAAGAUCAACACUCCUAAAGACACCAUGUUGGAGGAACUGUCUCUUUUGACCAACAAGGGAUCCAAGAUGUUCAGGAUGAGGCAACAGAGAGUGGAGCACUUCAUCGUCACCAACGAGAAUAUGAAUCUCCAGCAGCUGGUUCCAUCCCUGGGGUGUGAGACGACAGCCCCACCACUCACUCAGGAACUGGAGCACGAGGAGGAUAAGGAGGCAGAGGAAGAAAAGAAGAGACAGCAGUACGUGCAGACUUACGUGUCGCCGUGGGAACGAGCCAUGAGGGGAGACGAGUCCCUGACCUCUACCAUGCACCACCACAUGGCUGGACCACAUACCCCCCACGACAUGCCUAAGUUCAAGAGCUUCAAUAGGACGGCCCUGCCCUAUGGCGGCUCCGAGAACGCGGGAGGCCACUUGACCUUCGAGCCUCCCGAGAUCCUAUUCGCCCAGCUGGAGGCGGAGUCCCUCCACUCCCUGCAGGGGGACAUUAGGUCCCGCCCCUCGUUCAACCGCACCCCCAUCGGCUGGGUGUGUAACCUGGAGGACAACUCACACAUCCACAUGGAGCUGGACAACAUGCUGCCCUUUGACGGAGAGACGGAUGAUCUGUAGACACACACACACACACACACACACACACACACACACGCACACACACACACACACACACACACACACACACACACACACACACACACACACACACACACACACACACACACACACACACACACACACACACACACACACACACAACCCAGCUGUACUUACACACAUAUGUUGAUGUGUACAGGUAUUUAUUUGCAUGAAACAUACAUGGAUGAAGAGAGAAGAGAAGAGACAGAAGGUGAUGGUGAUGAUGAAGGCGAUGAAGGCGAUGGUGAUGAUGAAGGGGGAAAAGAAAGUGAUGAAGAUAAUAAGACAAUAACCUUGACAGUAGGAAAUGUAGCCUGGAUUAAACUGUAUUUACCAAUAAACCUUUCCGUGUAC